GGAAGCAACGCGUUCAUAUAUAUAUGGGCCAGCCCUCCGAGACUCCUUCUCUUUCACUCUGUCUCUUUCUGAUUCUCUCUCUCUCUCUCUCUCUCUGUCUCUACAUCCCAUUUCACUUGAAGCACUCUCGCCCUCAGCCUUUUCAUUCAUUUAGCUCUCCCUAACCAUCCCUCCCUCAUUAUGGCUGAAGUCACUCCCUCCAAGGUCGCAGCUGCCGCUCUCUCUCACAUCAACCUCAACACCACCAACCCCGCCAAUAAGCCAGCCGAGCACACGCUCAUGGCCAAGCUCAAGGCUGCAGCUGCCGAGGUCCAGGCCAAGGCAGAGGUCAAAUCUGUCGCUGCGACGGCUACGGCUGUGAAUGUGACUGAGACCGAAGGGUCUGAGGAGGUCGAGGAGUACCGUACACGUUUCGUCGGUGAUCUCGAGUGCGAAGAGAAGGAUGAGCCCCUCCUGCAAGAGACUACAUCCCGAUUCGUCCUUUUCCCUAUCAAAUACCGCGAGAUUUGGCAAAUGUACAAGAAGGCUCAGGCGAGCUUCUGGACCGCCGAGGAAAUCAACCUCGCCCCUGAUCUUCACGACUGGGAAACCAAGCUCAACGACAAUGAGCGUUACUUUGUCGAGCGCGUCUUGGCCUUUUUCGCCGCUUCCGACGGAAUCGUCAACGAGAACUUGGUCGAGAGAUUCUCUUCCGAAGUCCAAUGCGCCGAGGCCAAGUGCUUCUACGGAUUCCAGAUCAUGAUGGAGAACAUCCACUCUGAAACCUACUCCCUCCUCAUCGACACCUACAUCAAAGACGCCAACCACCGCACAUUCCUCUUCGAAGCCAUUGACACCAUCCCUUGUAUCCAAAAGAAGGCUCAAUGGGCACUCAAAUGGAUCACUGACAAACGAUCGACCUUCGCCGAGCGAUUGAUCGCCUUCGCCGCCGUUGAAGGUAUUUUCUUCUCUGGUUCGUUUGCCUCCAUCUUCUGGCUUAAGAAGAGGGGUCUCAUGCCUGGUCUCACAUUCUCCAACGAACUCAUCUCUAGGGAUGAGGGACUCCACACCGACUUCGCUUGCCUCCUGUUCACCCACCUGAGGAGGAGACCGCACCCUGAGACUGUCGAGCGGAUCAUCCGAGAGGCCGUCAAGAUUGAGCAGGAGUUCCUGACAGACGCUCUUCCAUGUUCCCUCAUCGGCAUGAACUCAAAACUCAUGUGUCAAUACAUCGAGUUUGUUGCCGACCGUCUACUCGUUGCUUUGGGUAACGAAAAGGUUUGGAACGCCACCAACCCAUUCGACUUCAUGGAGAUGAUUUCCCUCCAGGGCAAGGCCAACUUUUUCGAGUCUCGAGUGUCUGCCUACUCCAAAUCCGGUGUCAACCAAUCUGUCGGGGCCGACGGAGACCACCAAGCCGUCAAAAAGGGCUUCUCUCUGGACGAAGACUUUUAGGCUGGCCCCAUUGUCUCUAAUACGUCCCGAGCACUCCUAGUUUUUAUCCCCUUAUUCUGCUCGCCUCUCUAUUGUAUCUUUUCAUGUUGUUCCUUGUGGGUCAGAUCCGUCUCUUAGAUUAAACAGAGACACCUAUACAAAUCUCGUCACAGUAACAAAAUGCUCUGCUCUUGCCCAUAACGAUCAUGCAACGACUUGCAACGCACAGACGCAUC